ACUCGGACACGUACGGUAAUCAGCGCGGAUCAUUUACAACUUGUGCGAGGAGCUUGCCUACAAAAAUAUUCGAUUCAUAAGGCUUGAAUGCUUAGCGCUGCGAUCGAGUGUGCUUACGCGACUGUAUACAGUACAGUGAGCUUUGGCUAACUAUGACCAAGACUAGCAAGGCGAAGGAAAAAGUUAAGAGUAGUAGUGCCGCAAUGCCGCGCGUUCCGAGCAAUUUACUGGCGAAUGCCGCCAAAAUGAAGAUCACCAAAGCGCUGGCCAAUGCCAAGAAGCAAGCAGUGCAAAAAGGCGCUGGCGACAAGGCAACAGGAUCAAAUGCAGCUGCAGCAGCUACAGCAGCAACAACAGCAGUAGCAACAGCAGCUUACACUCACCAGGCGGUCGUUGUGAAAGAGACGGCAAUAGAGGCAGCGCAGGAGAACGGCGCCGCUCAAAGGCAGCAAGCAGCGACGACGACGACGUCGCCGUCAGCGUCAUCGUUGUCGUUGUCGCCGCUUGCCACAGCGAAUUUAUCGUCGACAUUUGAGUCGAAGGCUCAUAGAUCAGUUGCCAGCGAAACACCGAAGCAAGCGGUUACCAGCGCAACAACAGCAACAGCAGCAGCAACAAUUGCAAAUUCAACGAUCGCUUUUGCUUAUGAUGAAAAUAACGUAGCUUGUGACGUCACUAGCAAAACUGUUGCAGACGAAACGGCUAAUAACAAUCCACAUAAAGUCGAGCUAAAAUCCGAAUGCGAAACGAAACUAGUUGAAGAGACAGCAACAGGAACAGAAACAACAACAACAACAGCAGCGAGCGAUAAAUAUUACAAAAUCGUUGAUAAGUGUAAAAGUGAGAUAAGUGAUGAAAACACAAUAGCAACAACAACAGCAACAUCAGCUAUUUUGCCGGCUGCAGUGAUAAAUAGUAAUCAGCAAAGCGACGCGAGUGAAAGUGUUGACAACAAAAUCAAAAGUGAAACAAACGUGCAAGAACAAACUACGACUGCAACUGCGACAGCAGCAACAACAGUUGAAUUGCCGUUGCAUUAUCGGGGCUUAAACAAUUCGGUGAUUAUAGCCAACUAUGCACAUCAGCAGCAGCAACAAGCAGAACAACAACAGCAGCAGCAACAAAUUUACGAGCAGCAACAGUAUCUGCAACAGCAAUUGCUAAGCCAACAGCAGCAACAGCAACAUCAGCAACAGCAACAAGAGCAUCACGCCAGCUGGUUGGCCUACAACAAUUGCGCUUACGAUUUAACUAGCAGCAGCAGCAGUGCAGCAACAGCAGCAGCCGCGGCAGCCGCAGCAGCAGCCACACAACAGGAUAAAACUGAAUUAUAUGCACUGGCUGCCUCACAGCAACUUUUGGCUCAUUUUCCCUAUCACAAUCAUCCCCACGCCCUUUUGUACGAGCAGCAACAGCAGCAACCGCAGAGUGCCAACAGCAACAGCAGCACGGAUCCCAUAAUGCGCAACAAUUUUACGCUGUACAGCGUAUAUGGCGGUGGAGGAGGAGGAGGAGGUGGUGGCGUUGGCAGCGCCAUCACACCCACCACACACGAGCAACAGCAGCUGCAACAACAUGUUGCCGCUGUGGCAACAGCAGCAGCAGCCAAUUCAGUCAUUGCGCACACAACGCACGCCCAAACGCCGAACAUCGAUGAGGUGAUUCAGGAUACACUGAAAGACGAGUGCUUCGAGGAGAAUCAUGGCACCAGCUAUCAUAUGCUGACCGCUGUCUCCGAUAUGCAUGUGUUGAAGGACGCAAAUGCAACCAUUUACUCCAUGUCGCACGAUCAGUUGCUGCAACAGCACCAGCAGCAACAGCAGCAGCAGCAUCAACAGCAUCUGCAACAUCAUCAUCAUUUGCAGCAGCAACAUUCGCAUCAUCAUUCGCAGCAGCAACACCAUAACAACAACAAUUCGGCCAGUUCGGUGGGCGGUGAUUCGCCGUCGCCUUCGCACACGCUUGCCGCCGCCCAUGCCAGCGAUGUGGCAACGCUGCAGAGCUUUACCCAAUUAACAAGUGCGCCACCCAGCAGUGGUUUGCAUCGCGAUAGUUAUGGCAGCCUCUCGCCAGGCAGCUAUUUCAGCACACAGCUCAGCCCAGUGCUGCAGACCAGCUCUGUCUAUGCAAGUCCUUUGCUCGCAUCGACCGCCAAUGGCUUGCAGUAUGGCAUGCCAACGGUGUCCUCGCCCACCCUCACACACGCCCAGCUUCAGCAGCAACAUCACCAACAGCACCAACAGCAGCAGCAACAGCAACAUCAUCAGCAUCACAAUUCGACGAGCAGCAGUCCUGGUCCAGUGGGCCAGCUCCACACGAGUGGCUCGACUGCAGCAGGACACAGCUCGCUGCUGGACGAUGGCUAUGGAUCGCCAAAGAGUAGCCAUAGUGGCAACGGCGGCGCAAGUGGGGGUGGUGGCACUUUGCCAGCCUUCCAGCGCAUUGCGCCGACCAGCGGUGCUGCUGGUUAUGGGAAUGGCGUGGCCAAUGGCUCUGGCAGUGGUGCCGAACGUGCUGGCUACGCAUCGCUGCCCAAUUACCGCACACAUGGCGAUGCCUGGAGUACUCAUUAUGAACAAAUGAGCUAUACGCCCAGUGCCAACAGCCAAGGGCAGUUGGGUGGCAACGCUGGUGGUGCAGCGGUUACAAAUGUGAUACGCAAUGGACGCGUUGUUGCCGCAGCCGCAGCCGCUGCUGCUGUCGAUGGUGCCGCCAACGCUGUCGAUCCUGCGCGGGCGUUCCUCGCAUCGGCAUCGCUAACAGCAAUGGCCGCUGAAUCAGGCGGGGAUUUCUAUAAGACCUUCCCAUUUAACGUGAACGCCGGUAGCCGCAUUAAGGCCACAAUAAAUGCCAACAGCGCUGCCGGUGCCGGCGCAGGCUCAACGUCAGCGACAACGUCGUCAGUGACUUCAACGGCGCUCGACGAGCACGUUAGUCGCGCCAAUUCGAGACGCUUGAGCGCCUCUCGACGUGCUGGCAUGUCCUGUUCCAAUUGCCAGACGAGUUACACAUCGCUGUGGCGCCGCAAUCCUGGCGGCGAGCCCGUCUGCAAUGCCUGCGGCCUUUACUUCAAGCUGCACAAUGUGGUGCGUCCGCUGACCAUGAAAAAGGACACCAUACAGAAACGCAAACGUAAACCGAAGGGCACCAAGAGUGAAAAGUCGAAAAAGAUGCGCUCUUCGCAGACGGCAGCCUUGGUUGCCACAAAUACCAAUGCCUGCCACAAUGUGAACAUGCAACAACAGCAAAUGUCGGAUGUCAAUGAUGAAAUGAAACCACUCGCAUAUAUGUCAUACGCAUCGCAGCAACAGCAACAGCUACAGCAGCAACAGCAACUAAACAUUGAGCAACAUUCAUCAGCGGCCAGCUCGCCGCAAUGCAUGGCUUCCUCCUCAUUAUCACCCAAUGCAGCAUCUCAACAACAACAACAACAACUGCAACAGCAGCAGCAGCAGCAACAGCUUUGUGCUGGUUUGGACAUGUCGCCUGCAUCCUCCUAUCAAAUGUCGCCCAUUAACAUGCAACAGCAGCAGCAGCAUCAGCAGCAGCAAUCAUGCAGCAUGCAGCAUUCACCUAGCACGCCCACAUCAGCCAUGUCACAUUCCAUUUAUUCCACACCAUCGCCUACACAGCUUAACAACAACAAUUCACUAUUUAAUCACAACAACAAUAACAAUGAGAAUAACAAACAAAUUAUACAGAAAUAUCUACAAGCUCAACCAAUGCGCAACACCAACGAUCAACAAUUAUUGGCACAGCAGCAACUUAUGCACCUGAUGCCGAACUCCAUUACGGCGGCAGCAGCAGCAGCAGCGGCGGCGGCCAUGAACACGGCAAUCAAAUCGGAGUCGGCCUCCAACAGCAACAACAGCAACAACAGCAGCAGCAACAGCAAGCAAUUAAGUGCCACAACAACAGCAACAACACCGACCACGGCAUCGAGCACACUAUCCUCACUGAGUCACAAUCGCAGCAACAUUAUCAGCCUGCAAAAUCCCUAUCAACAGCUUGGUCAGACGGAGAUGCCCUUGUGUAAAUCGGCGCUAAGCGGACGCACCUCAUCCCCCUACUAUCAUCUAGCUGAGGAGGAGCAACCGGCCAUUAUAAAACUGGAGCAGUUGGAUCACCAACAGCACCAGCAGCAGCAACAACAACAUCAACAACAACAGCAGCAGCAACAUGAUGAAAUGUUACUAAGUCGCUCAACAUCAAUUGAUGAGCACUACGAACUGGCCGCCUAUCAUCGCCAGCAGCAACUGCAGCAGCAACACACUCUACAGCAACAACACGAUCAACAGAUUGCCAGCUAUGCGUUACACGCUGCUGCACAGCAGCAACUGCAUGAAUUUGAACGCAAAUAUGGCGUUGAGCGCGAGACAAUUGUUAAAAUGGAGUAAAUGUCAGUUGAUGCUGAUUGUCAUGACCAAAGAUAUUGUUGUUACAUAAAUCUCACAGCUCCAAAGAAACUUUUAAUCAUUUUUAGUUUAGAAAUUUCAAUUGCGUAUACCAAUAGUUCUCUAAGAACUUGCAACAACUUGCCUAUAAAACCACCAAAACCAAAAAAAAAAAAAAAUAAUAAAAAAGAACGCACUCGUUUUGUACAUAAAUUUAAGCAAAUUGAAUUGAUAUUCCCAUAAGCUAUUCUGUAAAGACGCCCCCCGAACUACUAGGGUUUUGUUAUUUAAAAUAUUAGCUUAAUUUUUAGCGAAAUGCCUGCAGCAUGAUAUUUUCUUGUUGUUGGAUUUUUGUUGUUACGCCCCCAAUACUAUUUUCUGUUAUGGAUAUGAAUAACACAUGAGAUUUCUUACCAUCAAAUUCCAAUUAGAUUCUUAAGUUAUUUUUUUAUUAAUAAGCAAUAAUGAAAAUAUGAAGUAAAACAAUUAUCUCAUGCAAUUUAGUUAGUAACUUAUAACAUUUUAUGUAUUUAAGGCUAAAUUAAGUCUUAGUCUCGUACAACUUUUUACUUCAUUUUGCAAUAUUAUUAUUAUUAUUUUUGAACAAAUAAACGACAAG